UACACAAAAUGUUCGAUAUACCAAUAGAAAAAACUAAAUAAAUAAUGUACUCCUAAAUUUAUAAAAUUAAAAUAAACUAAAACAAAAACAUGCUAAUAUUGUGGGUUUGAGUAUUCAUUUCAACGGGUUUUGGAAAAACACACUGUUAAAAUGGCAAGCUGCUGUACAUGCAAAGGUCUAGGACGCUCACAGAAGUCGAGUCUGCCUCUCAUAUGCCUUGUCCCGCGAGAUGGCCAUCCCGAAAACAGUGCCCCUCCACGACCCACACCGGCUACAACCAAUAGCGCGAGAAGUAACUUUGAACUCCUGGAUGAAGACUACAUCAAGAAACAUUUUAAAUUGCCGCAGCGUUCUUUAUACCUUGAUCCUUUCAGACGACCUCUCAUAACGUUUCCCAUGACCCAAGAAGAUGUUAAAAACUUCAACCUGGCAAGAAAGUACAAAAUCAACCAACAGAUAUUAGACGGAUUCUUGGACCCAAGUGCAGCUAUUUCCGCCCCUAGUGUGUUUCCCUACGCUAAAUCUGAGGCCGAGAAAAAGAAAGAGGCGGAGGAAGACGAGGAAAUCAUUUAUAUCUUACAACUACCCGAUUGGGAGUUCAAGUGCCCAGAACACAAUCAGACAAUAAGGACUCCUAGAUUUAUAUGGCAUUCUUGUAAAAAGUCUAAGGGUAAAGGUGCUGAAACCAAACGAGGAGGGGGUCCGUUAAAUAAACCGAAACCAUGGUUACUAAGCAGACACACAGAUUUCGAUUUGUUGUCACAAUGGUAACAAACUGUCUACCUUCAAAAGUUGUCAAUGAAUAAUUUUGCAAAUUAAACAAUAAAUUAUAUCACAUUCA